UCCCCGCCCUCCCCCGGCAGCCGCCCUCUUCGCCCGAGGGAGGUGCGGAGCCGCCGCCGCCGUUCCCCGCGCGGUGCCAGGAGCCUGCCCGCGCCCCCCAGGCAGCGCGGGCGGCGAGGCGCCCCUGGCCCGCCGGGCUGGAGGCUGAUGGCGGGAGCCAAGCUCCGCGCUCGGCCGGGGCCCCUCUGCCGCCGGGGGAGGGCCGGUCGUGGCGGGGCGCGGGGGCGCGGCAGGCGCUGCCCCCGAGAUGCGGCGGCCCCCGCCCGCCCCUCCGAGCUCCCUACCUGUCCCGGGCCCGCCGCCGCCCCUCCCCCGGCCCCGCCGCCGCCCCCGCGGGGGCCGGGACUGAGCGCGCCGCGGCGCCGAGACGCGGCCCCGAGAAGAGGGCGAGGGAGCGGGAGCAGUGCCGGCCGCGGCGCAUGAUGUGGGUGCCGCUGCUGGCGUGCCUCACCGCGGGGAUCGUCUCCGUGCCCAGGUGCCAGCGUGGCCCCGGAACCUUCCUCGGGGCGGCCCGGCUGCUGGCGGCCGUGCCGGGACUCUGCCAGCGCUCGGAAAACAGAUGUGCCACUUCAAAUGCCGUAACAUGCACAAAGUGUCUUGCUUUGGGUCCAGAGUGUGGAUGGUGUGCUCAAGAGGAUUUCAUGGCUGGCACAACACAGAAGGGACGCUGUGACACUGUUUUCAACUUAAUGAAAAGAGGCUGCCAAUCAGAUUUGGUUGAAAACCCCACGGUUCAUGUCACAAUACCUAGUGACCAUGAAACAAAUACACAAGUGACACCAGGAAAAGUUUCAGUCCAACUGCGUCCAGGAAGUGAAGCAAACUUUAUGUUGAAAGUUCGUCCUUUAGAGAAAUACCCUGUGGAUCUUUACUAUUUAGUUGAUGUCUCAGCCUCUAUGCACAACAAUAUAGAAAAGUUAAAUUCCGUUGGAUUUGCUUUAUCUAAAAAGAUGGAGAAUAUUUCUCUUGAUUUUCGACUUGGAUUUGGAUCCUAUGUGGAUAAAACUGUGUCACCCUAUAUUAGCAUUCAUCCAGGUAGAAUCCAUAACCAGUGCAGUGAUUAUAAUUUAGAUUGUAUGCCUCCUCAUGGUUAUAUUCAUGUGCUAUCCCUGACUGACAAUAUAGCAGAAUUCAGAAAUGCAGUGAAUAAACAAAAAAUUUCUGGGAAUAUUGAUACACCUGAAGGGGGUUUCGAUGCGAUGCUCCAAGCAGCUGUGUGCCAGAGCCAUAUUGGAUGGCGUAAAGAAGCAAAGCGACUGCUUCUUGUGAUGACAGAUCAAACUUCCCAUCUGGCCCUUGAUAGUAAAUUAGCAGGAAUUGUAAUUCCCCAUGAUGGAAACUGUCACUUGAAAGAUAAUGUGUACAUCAAAGCUACGAGUAUGGAGCAUCCAUCUCUUGGGCAGCUCUCUGAAAAAUUGAUUGACAAUAAUAUCAAUGUUAUUUUUGCCGUUCAAGGAAGCCAAUUUCAUUGGUAUAAAGAUCUGUUACCUCUCUUGCCUGGUACUGUUGCAAGACAAAUAGAAUCACAAGCAGCAAAUCUCAAUGAUUUGGUGGUAGAAGCCUAUCAGAAACUAAUCUCUGAAGUGAAAAUUCAAGUGGAUAAUCAGAUCCAAGGUCUUCAUUUCAAUAUCACUGCGAUCUGUCCUGAUGGAAGUAAAAAAACUGGCAUGGAAGGAUGUAAAAAUGUGGGAUAUAAUAAAGAAGUACUUUUCAAUGUAUCAGUUACAAUGAAAGGAUGUCAUACAACUGGAGGAAGAAAAUAUGUCAUACUAAAGCCUAUUGGUUUCAAUGAAACUGCCAUUGUCAAUGUGCAGCAAAGCUGUGCCUGCCAGUAUGGAGACAGCACAGGGCACAAACGAGUGUGGGCUGAAGAAACUUCUCCUGACAGCAAACAGUCCCCGUGCAGUGACAGUAACUGUGGCUCUAACAGAGACACGCUUCCCUCAGAGAAGUGCCGGCAACACCAGGACCAGCCCAUCUGCAGUGGUCAAGGAAAUUGCAUAGAUGGAAAAUGUUUCUGCUUCAAAAACAAGCUAGGCAAGGUGUAUGGCAAGUACUGUGAAAUGGAUGAUUUUUCCUGCCCGUAUCACCAGGGAAACUUGUGUUCUGGUAAUGGUGAAUGUGAAGGUGGUAAAUGCAAAUGCUUUGCUGGCUGGGAAGGUGAUCGUUGCGAGUGCUCAUCACAAUCAGCAAAGCACUGCCUGAAUUCAAAGGGCCAGAUUUGCAGUGGAAGAGGAAAAUGUGUAUGUGGAAAGUGUGAAUGCACAGACCCAAGAAGCUUUGGACGUUUCUGUGAAUAUUGUCCUACUUGUAACAAAGCCUGUGAAGAAAACUGGAACUGUGUUCAGUGCUAUCAUUCUAAUAAUGCAUCUCAAGUAAUACUUGACCAGUGCACAACCUCAUGCACUUAUCUACUGCAUUAUAUUGAUAAUACUUCAGAUUGUUUCUCUGGACGAAACUACUUUAGAGUCUUUUCCAUAAUCUUUAUAGUUACCUUUCUGAUUGGGUUGCUUGUUGUCCUUAUCAUCAGGCAGAUAAUUCUGCAGGGGAGUAGCAAUAAAGUUAAAUCUUCAUCUGAUUACAGAGUAUCUACAACUAAGAAGGAUAAGAUGUUUUUGCCUACAGUUUGUACAAGAACAGUAACAUACAGACGUGACAAACCAGAGGAAAUAAAUAUCGACAUCUGCAAGUUGCGAUUAAAUGAAACUUUCAAGUGUGAAUUCUGAAGACUGCAAAUGUCUAUUUCCAUCAAGCUCGACUUUUAAGAAAUUACCUUUUGUACUCUGUGGGAGUCUUGACUGUUGCCAUAUGGUUUUGUGUUGUGCAUUUUGUUGAAUACUGUAACAAAGUGACAUGUAAACAUAUUCACAUUAUGUGGUUAUGUUUGGAACUAUAGCUGCUGUAUUUUUUUAAAUUUUUUUUUUGAAAGAGAAAUGUGCGUUACUACUGUUCAGAAACAUUAGUGUUGAUGUAGCACUUUAGCAUAUUCUAAUUUAUUUAGUUAUGGCCUAGAAUGUAGAUACAAACCGGUCUGACAAAGCACUGAUCUCACUCUACAUGUAGCUAGCACUGAUGUGCUCUGUGGGAAUGGACAAAAGCUGUGACUGAAGUAUUCACAUUGCUGUAUAUUAUAGCAAUAGAUGAAACUAUUAAAAUGCUCUUAAAUAGAGUAAAUGGUACUUUUAUAGUUCUCUCAGUUGACAGAUUCCACUGAUUUGUCUGUUUAUUCCUCUUAUCUUUUCCAUAAAAUAAUGGGAUUAAAUGAGUGUUUAGUUCCUGGUAUAGGUGUAUGUUGUGUGUGUAUACAUACACAUGCAUGCACACACAGGUAAAUUAUAUAUUUAUAAGGUUUUUUGUAUGAAUGAUGUCACUUAAGGAUAAUUUAUAUCUGAUAAAGAGUAAUUGUAAGCUUUUUUACUUGUUUAAAUAUAAUGCCCCCAUUUUAUACAAAAUUUAUUGUGUUUGGAAACUGAGUGACUACAGAAAAUGAGAGUUCCUCUACCCAACAACAUAGUCUACAUGAUGAUCACUGCCAGCAGACUAUGCCUUUAGAGUCAGCAGCAUCAAAUCCAUUGCAAAUAGAUAAAUUACACCAGAGCUGUGUUUGGUUUGCUAGCUACAUGUCAGUGUUUUGCCAAAUAAGGACUUGGAUCUUGUGUAUGAUGUCAGGCAUAAGUCUGAUUUUACAUAUGCUCUUUUUCUCUGUGUAAAUUAGUUGAUGAGAUUAGGUUUUCUAAGGUUUUUGUAACUACUUCAGUUUUUUGUGACUGUGCAUUGAGAAAUGUGUCCAGUGUGUGAUGGAGAAAAGAACCUGCAAUUUAGAAGAAAGUGAGGAAAAUAAGAGUCUUUUUCUCAAAAGAACACAUUAACUGACUUUAUAAAUAUGGAUCAGAUUCUGCCUUCAGAAGUGUGCAAAACUCUUCCAAACACAGUGGGACCAAUAUAAGCUUAUCUGAGAGCAGAAUGUGAGCUACAAAGUCAAGCAGAAGCAUCUUUUUUUAAUCCCUGAAACCAGCUAGAGUGGUAGAACACGUGUUUUUGUUAUAUAGUUGUUGGAAGCGUCAGUCUGAUUUAGUAACUCUAUGCUGCUGAAACCCUAUGAAAAUCUGGUCAACCUCUAAUGCACUAAAACCUUACUGGCAAAAAGAAAAAUCAUCUCAGAAGACAGUGUAUAAUUUCACCAACAUUUAUUACUAAUACUAAAUACUGUCACUACUUGUCAUAGAUAAGAGUUAAAGAAACAAAGCAGGACUUCCUUAUGCGCAGUCUUUAGAAAUUACUUGUAUUUCCUAUUCUGUAUUUUUUCUUUAAAUUCUCAUUGAAACCUGAGGACUGUGAGGACUGAAAGGAAGGCAGGGUGUAGAAAAAUGAUGAGUGUUUUAUGUGUGUUAAGUUUCUUGGGUAAUGGAUCAAGUGGGAUUGAGAAAAAUAAUACACAGACAAUGGGCCUUUCAUUAAUCAUAAAAGCUUAGGGAUUGUUUUUUUUUUAAAAGUGUAAAUUGGACUAUUAAAUGUUUUUAAAGCAGUCUCCAAAGUAAGUCCUGAGCUUUCUACCACACAGGUAAAAUUAUCUCAUUUAACAAAAAGAGUGUUUCUUUACACUGACUCUGACUUUAGUGUUAGCUUAAUUGUAAAACCUUAGUUAUAGAUUAAUUCCGUAGUCUACCAACUACACCUUAACUCUCAUUUUCUUUUAAAGUAUAUAGGAUCAUUUUCCUCCUGUGUAAAUUAAAAGAUUUCAAACAACUGUUUUGAUGUGAUAAAGGUAAAAGAUUGAUAAAGGUUGACCUGCUGUUACCCUUGUCACAAUUCAUGGCUAUUUGUGAGUGGGAAACAAUCUCUGGUUGUCUAUUUAACUUAAAUUUUAAAAAUGCUUAAUGGAGUAUAUCUAAGUAUAUAAAAAAGGUUAAUUAUGUUCUUUAAACAGUGUGAUAAACCCUUUACAAAAAAAGAUUCCUCAGAAUCUAUUUUCAUCCAUAAUAGCCUUUAAAGCAUGUACUAAAGCAUUUACUGAACUGAUAAAUAUUUUUUUUUCAUUACAAAUUACUUUUCACUGUUAGAGGGAGUUCAGUUUUGUGAGUAAGGGAUGAUGAAACUGGGUUCUUGGUGGAAGAAAGACUUGAGCUGUAAUACCCAUCUUCCAGACACAUCACAUCACGCUGCUACUGCUUUUCUUCUGUAGCAUUUGGCAUUGGACUGCUGCCUGUGAAGGGGCACGGCCAGUAUUCCCUUAUCAGACACCUGCCUGAAUGUUUAAAAUGCUCUAAAAUCAAAAAGAGCAGGCUCACAGGACAAAUUGCACUGUAAGCUGCUUGCUGUCCUGAAAUUUUAAAAAAAUGUAUAUAAAUUAACCAAAAAAAAAAAAAAAA